CCUAUAUAUAUAUAUAUAUAUAUAUAUAUAUAUAUAUAUAUAUAUAUAUAUAUAUGGAAGAACAAUUAAGUUUCGAGACUUUCGUAUAAAAAAUUUAUUUUUAAUCAUACAAAUCUUAGUUAAAAAGUUUCAAUCUAAUUACCAUCUAAUACGAUACACUUAUCGUUAGUUGAACGUUUUCACUAUUGCUCAAUAUAGCGACUCUGAUAGUCUUUUAAAAAGAAUUUCAAACUUUGAUUUACGUUUCAUCUGUAUUUUUAUAACAUUACACUUAUGCAUAAUUGCUUCUCCGAAGGCUUGUUAAAUGUUUCUGUUAGCGCCUUUUCUGAUUUAACGUAAAAUUUAAUGUUGACGCAUUGUUCAAGCGUUCCUUCUAUUCCAUUGGUCUUAAAAAAAAAUUUGUAACACAAUUUCGCGAUUGUAUCUCAUUAAUUAUUGAAUAAUUUAAAAUAAUUUAAACUUAUAUGUUUAAUACUGAAUUAUAGAUAAGCUCCUAAAAUAGUGACACAAACUAAACUUUUGGAAAUGCGAAGCGAAUCUCGAAAUUUAAUUAUUCGUAUAUAUAUAUGUGCGUCAAUCGCAUCACCUGUCGUGUGCAGGUAGAACAGGCAAAACUGAGAAGAAAAGUCCUAUAUCAUUUUUUUCGAUAACGCUUAAUAAAAAAGUUAUUGUCGAGUGAAAUCUGACAAUUCAGCGCCGACCUUUAGUUGGACGCACGUCAAUGAACCGCGCGCCCAGCAUGUGUGAGUGAGCGUUCAGCUGUACAGCGUCUCACUGACGUGCAUCUGGUUAAAAAUCGGCGAUGAUUUGCCAAACUUUAAUCAAUAAUAAUUUUCUUAUUAAGAGUUAUAAGAAAAAGUGGUAUAGGACUUUUCUCCUCAAUUUUAUCUGCUGCAUACGACGGGUGAUGCGAUUGCGCCGGACACCUAUAUAUUCACUCGACAAAUUUAUCAAUGAAAUUAUGCAUGUGUGAAUGACAGCGGAAUAAAGAGCUGGAGAGAUAAGCGGGGAGCACACACUUUUGCAUAAGCGCAUAACCAUAAACAUAAAGAAAUUGAUUGGUCCACAAAUGUAUGCAUAAGAAAAUGAACCAAUCAAUUUCCUUAUGUUUAUUGUUAUGCGCUUAUGCAAAAGUGUGUGCUCCCGCUAUACACAACGCGAUUCACUAUGCAAAACAGUCAGCACACCAAUGAACUGCGCGCAGCGCUAUGCUCUUUGCGCUAUAUACAUACCUCUCAUGAUUGGCUGACGUUCGCACACUUAACUGUAUUUGUGACGUCAGGCCGCGAUCAGCCAAUGCUACAGCGUCCAUCCUAGUACUCGCCGCCAUGCGUGCGUGAUGCGCGCGCAGAGUAGAAGUGUAUAUGUGUAUUCAGUGCUCGAGUCUGAAGGUUUCUUGAUCGCGUGAUGCGUAAUAGUAUUAUGCAUAAUAUAUUAGUCGAAAUUUAAGAAUUGGAAAAAUCGCAUAUCUCUCUCUCUCUCUCUUUCUCUCGCCACGUGUACGACUCACGUAUUCAGUCGACUCUCUUGCGAACAGCUGGCGUAGCAGAGAGGGAAGAAGGGAGAAGCAAGGAGGCGAGAGGAGAGAGAGGCAAAUGCGUCUGGCCGUGGCGCGGCACGCGCACGAGGUCAAGGGAAGAAGAGGGAACGAGAGAAAAUAGUAGAUAUAGCGCGCGGGUUGUAUCGCAGGCAGCACCACAACUGACAGUCCACGCGACUCCCAAAAAAAGAACAUUCUCACUCACGCUACGUAUACUACACGCGUGGACCGCGCCGUGUUUCACUCGGAACGCGAGCGCCAUUGGCAAUGUCGGGAAGUGACAGCCCAACAUUCUUUCACGGCCAGCCCUGGUCCAGCUGGAUCGAAAGAAUCGGACGGGACAAGCCGCUGAGUGAUGAAGAAACAGAAGUCCAACCAUCAAGCUCAGUCACACGUCUAUCUGUAGAAGAUAUUGACUUAUAUGGCUUCUGCCCUGAGAGGGAUGAUUUUUACGGAGUGGUAUGUGAAAUAUGCAAUGCAAUAGUAAAACCGCAAGCCUUUAUUCAACAUAUGGAAUGUCGCCAUCCUUCUGGCACAGCGAAUUUUUCGCCUCCUCCGAAUCCGGUUGUGAAACCGUCUGUGAAAACCCCCUUCUGUAAGGUGUCCAAGCUGAAGAAGACUAUCCAGCCAUCAACUCCUUCAUCUUCUUCGAUUCCCACCGCUGGCGGCGCAAAGCUGAACCAUACGAUCGUCAAACGUACUACGGAUCAGGCGAAUCUAUGUGCGAGUGGCUCGCUAUCGGUCUCCUCAUCGCCCCGAUCGCCCCUCGAAUCGAUCCCAGUGCAAACUACCUCUCCUAACAUAGUCGGCCCAUCGAACUUCGUCGGCGUGUCAACAAAUAGUGGUAGCAGUCCAGGCAAAAGCCCCGGUACCGGCGGCAGCAGCAGUGGCGGUGGCAGUGGUGGUGGUCAGCCUCGUCGGAAGAGACUCAAAACCGAUCGCUCGCUGCUCAAAGAUCGCGAAUAUGAUCCCGAUCGGCAUUGCGGUGUCUGGAACGAGGAAACUGGCAAGCCCUGCACUAGGUCGCUUACAUGCAAGGCGCACACCGUCUCGCUACGCCGAACGGUCGUUGGUCGCAGUAAGACUUUCGACAAGCUUCUCGCAGAACACCGAGCUGCAAAGGAACAACCCAACAGCGGCAGCAGUCGACAGACAACGAAGAUGACGAUCUCCGGCACUGUCACCAUAUCUUCGGCCGCUACCGUCGCUGCCGCUGCCGCUGUAGCAUCCAGCUUAAACACUCCUCUUACUCCCAAUGCCCCAGUAUCUAUUGCUGAGCCGGAAGCGCCGAGCUCGCCGCCCGUACUAUCGCUGCCAGACACAUAUCCACUGCCACCAAAGGCUGUUGAUUUGCUUUAUCGGUGUCUGGCCCCGCAUGGCUCCACUAAACCUACCAAACUCGAAGAAGACUUCGCCAACGAGGAAUUGCGGAGUCUAAAGUCCACAAUGGUAAUCAACUCUACCAUCGCAACCGACAACAGCAACAGCAGUAGCGGAGGUGGAGGCGGCAGUAGCGGUGACAGCACGUUGCAACAACAAUCGGGCUCAAUGAUGGGACCGAUAUCUGUGAUGCUGCCGUCGCUGUCCCCGCUAUCGGGUGUGAACAAUGAGGAAUCGUCAGGAGUGGCCACUCUGAUACCGAGCACUACGUCAGCUGCGAUGCCGAUCAUAUCGAUGCCACUACCAACCACUUGCAUGCAACCGCCCACGGUAGUCGCGACAGUACUUGAGGGCGAGACACCGGUGGACAUCGAUACUGAAAACAUGUCUGUGUAUUCCCCUAUUUAUACUGCAACCAAGGAUGCCAAAUCGCAGCUAGUAAUGCAAAUACAAUCACGGCCGAAUAGUCAUUCAUCACAGUCACCUAUCUCGGUCAGGAACUAUCAGCAGAUACAGGCUUCUAUGCCAAGCCUGAAUUUGUUUGAGCCGGUAGAACAGCUGGAGCAACAGCAUGCAAGCCAGAUCAACGGCAAGAGACUGAAUCAUGCGAACUCGAUGUCGCGACAGCAAAAAAGGCACAGCAAAUUGCACCAUGAGCAGUUGUCAUGCCAAUCAUCGCAGGAUUAUUCGACGUCCGCAUCAAUCCAGGUCGAGGCGACGACUACAUCGUCGCCAUAUCCGCAUUUCGGCGACAUUUCCUGGUCGAAUUGUCAUCCGGAACCAUUGGCAGUCAGCCGGUGGCUUCGUAUUUCAUCAAGCCGUAAACAAUACAAUUUCAAUAUUCACUGACACAAGACCCCACCCACCCCGGGCUGAGGACCGUGCGCCGCCGGCGUCGUUUGUCUACCUCCUUUCUUUUACGACACCAUUUUCUCUUUUUUCAUCCUCUAUAUCGUCGUCAUCCUAGUCGUUGCUGCCACAGUUGAUAUCGCGUCCACAGCCUAUCGAAAGGGGAGGGGAGGGGGUUGGGAGAGAGAAGGGCUCAUGUUUUCGUCAUUCAUCGCUAUAGAUGAGUAUUUUGCACAAUCGAACGCAAAAAAUCGGUCCACGAUGGAUAAUGCUCUCGCACGAGUCUCUAAUAUACGAUGUAAUCUUCCGUUUUCGUGCAUGAUAUUGCACGAUAGUCUAAAUUUCAGCAUCAGAUCAUGAGUGCGUCGCUGUAUAAUAUCGAGAAAGAAUUUCCAAUCGAUGGUCCAUGAGGAUCGCGUAUCUAUACUCUUAAUACGAAACUCCAUUAAGAAAAAAAAAAAACGGGUGUCGAUGUAUGUAUUCCAUUCUCGUUUACUCGCUGAAUUUUUAAUGUAAGAUAGAGAAAAAGACAUAGGUAGGAGAUAGAGAUAAAGACAUAGAGAACGAGAAUGUGUGUCUUGAAUGAAUGGUUAAUAAUAUUGCGAUAUCGUAAAAUUUCUGCACAUAAUUCUCUACACAAAGUACCGUGUAUUUUUUUAUUUGUUAUAUGGCUUGUAAUGUCGCAAAACAUUACGUCAAUUCUCUUUUCCUAAUUAUGCACGUUACGACUAUCUCGCAAUGAUCAUGAAGCGAUUACUUUUAUUAACUAAGAUUCUAGAUACUUUUCAAGAUAAGUAAAAGUAAGAGAGAGAUAUAAGAGUAUGCGUUUUGUAUCAGGAAUAUUUUAGUGAGAUAUAAAUCAAGCAACAUUGCGAUUUAAAUGUUAAAUUUUCUUGCCAAAAACAAUCGAUGAUGAUCAUGAUGACAGCGUUCGUUUCAGAUUUUACUCAAAUAGUUUAAGUUGGAAUUAUCAAGCCACAUAUCACAAAUUAUUUUUAUUAUUCUGGUCAUGCUGUUGAUUUUUUCAAAUCUCGAAAUUAUUUAAGAAUUUUUCUUUGGUGUAUCAUGAUUUAUUAAAAAUACUUUAUUUUUACAUAUUGAAAUCUAAUUCCAACGUAUUUGUUCCUAGCAAAUUAUUUAAUAUGUCGCUGAGAUUUUUUUCAUUUAAUUAGAAAUUAAUAAUUGCAUAUAGCAUUUUAUUGAUGGAUAAAAUUAUGAGCAUGCAGUUAUUUUUUGUGGUAUAAAAUGCCAUCAUAUUUCGUACAUUUUUUAGCAAAUUGUGCAGAAAUUUUGUAAAUAAAUCGCAAAUUAUUCUUGUCUUAUAUUGUACAUAGGAAGAUGUUUAGCGCCAGCUAAACACACACACAUACAUAGUUUUUGCAUAGAUAAAAAGAAUUUUACUUUAUUUCCUCUUAUAAGAUGAAUGGCGUGUAGAGUGUACAUAUAAUGUAUAUAUACACACACACGCAUAUAUAUAUGUGCGUGCGUGCGUGCGUGCGUGCGUGCGUGCGUGCGUGUGUGUGUGUGUGUGUGUGUGUGUGUAUUUUUUAUCGAUCACGAUAAAAUCUUCUCUCUUGCAUAUAAGCGAACAUAAAAAGAGCGCCAUUAUUUAAGUUAUAAAGAAUGUCUCAAAUCUGUAUGUUCAAACUGAAGAGAUGGACUCAGCAUGCUAAAAUAAGACACUUCUGCACUUUGGGCAAAUCUCAAAAAUAGUCAAAAUCAAAAUUUGAUAAGAGUGGAGUCCCAAGUAAUAAAGUGAUGUCAUUUGACAUAAUUUUGCUACUUGGAGUAUUGCUGUUCUUCUCAAAUUUAAGUAUUAAAGGCAUAAAAGUCAUUAUUCAAAUAAUAAGAACUAUAUUUUGGAAUGUAAUUCUUAAUUUAAAUAAUGAUUUUUAUGCUUUCAAUAUCCGAAUUUGAUAAAAAUGGCAAUAUUCCAUAUUUGUUAAAUUUUAAUGUGGGUAGGUUUUGAGAUUUGACCAAAAUACCAAGUAGAAAAGUUUCUUAUUUUAGCAUACUGGACCCGUUCAAUUUGGACAUAGAUCAAAAGCACUCUUUAUGUACACACACUCUGGUUUCUUUUUACCAUUUUUUGCCAUAAGGUUAUAAUAGAAAAAUCGUAGCUCCGAGUGAUUCUUUUUUAAUUUGAUUUCAUUCUGCAUUACUGAAUUUCAUGACAAGAUGAGAUCAGUUUGCGAUAAAUAUUAUAAUAAAGAACAAAUCGAGUGAUAUUUUUUUCUUUUGAAUGAAUUGCGAAUAUAUACAUACAAUAUAAAAUAGAAGAGGCCAGUGGAUAAAAAUUUAAAGUUUUGUCUAUAUACAUUGAUUCAUUACAUUGACGUUAAAUACAUUGAUAUAUACAAUAAUAUCACAAAUAAUGAUUUCUAUAAUCUGAGGCAAUAACAUUUAUUUGUCACAAAUGAUAAUUUAUUUUUAAAUGAAUCUUCGUAAUAAAAAUCUACUUCGUCUGUUUGCCCUUUCACAAAUAGCGUUUGCAUUCAUUUAUGAAUAUGAAUUUAUCUGUAAAAAUCCGCGCAAUCUGUAUAAUACGGAAGAUUGGACGACGUAAUCGAUUAGCGCAAUAAUUAAAAUAUUGAUAAUGUUACGUAACAAAAUUUAAUUAAUAUAACUACGGGAUCGCUAACUACUUUAAUUAAAUAUACAUUGCUCAAAAAAUUGAUAUCAUUUUUCUCAUGUAGAACUAGAUAUUUUAAUAUUUUAGAACAAUAGUUUUAUAGUAUUCAAAUAUACUAUAACUAUAUUACUUCAUGUAUAACAUAUUUUAAUGGAUCAAUAGAUAUAAAUUGUUUAAAUACAAUAUAAUACAAAUGUAAUACAAACUAUUAAAAAUUUUUCAAAUUUCUUUUUGCUAUUCUACAAAAAUCUCAUCUUUAUGACGUACAUAUGUUUGAUACUGUUCGCGUAAAUAGCUGAUCAAAUAAAUCGUAAGUCACUGAAUAUUUGUCCAUGGACAAAGUGAGUUAUAUGAUCCCGCUGUAUUUUUACCUAAGAUAAUUAUUUAUUUUUGUACGUAUUCGUUAUAAUUUGCAUUCUUGCGCACUGCAGUUUUCUGUUUAGUAAACACAACAAGUAAUAAUAACAUAAUGUCAAUGUUAUAAUUUUUUACUCAACAAUAUAACUGUUGUACAAGCUAUGUUACAUUGUUGAGUGGAAAAUUAUAACAUUCUAACAUAACAUUGAUAUUAUGUUACUGUUACUUUGUGUUUAUUGAGUGACAACUCAAUAAACAGUGUUCUUUAUUAUAACUUAAUAAUUGAGUGACAACUCAGUAACAGGAUGAAAUGCGCGCAAAGUUAUCCCAGAUAUCCCUAAAAGACGACUUAAAGACGUUUUAGCAUUCUUUAAACAUUCUCAAAAUAUCUUUUGGCCUUCUUGUGCUAUCUGGGUAAUCAAUAAUGCAGCAGUAUGCAAGAUAUGCAUACAUCUUAUCAUAGAUUGUGAUAUUUGAUUUUAUUAAUGAUUAAUAGGAUAAUUGUACAUGCACGUGUCUGUAUAUUGUAUUCGACGGCAGAAAUGUAGCACGUCUUGUUUUUUUUCUCUGUAAGAGGUGCUUUUCGCGUGCUAUAUUCGUCAUUAUUUUCUUGCUUUAUCGUUUAAAGAAGAACAAAGGAAUACUAAUCGCGCAUUGUUUUUUAGUGGCGCGCUUUCGUUAAUAAAUAGAAUCCUUUAGCUUAAUGGACGUAAACGAAAAAUUUAGGAAAUGAUAAAGAUUAGGCCAAUUUGCGAUUAGCACGAAGAAAAAGAGGAUUAUUGUAUGUUUGUGUGCGCGUGUUAAGUUAUAUAAAAAAAUGAUUAAUUCUUCAAUAUACCGCACAGUAUAAAGCGAUGCCUCACAUCAUCGCCACACUGAUCCUCUCGGCUACCUGAAACCGUGAUAACUUGUACAUAAAUCGUGUAAGCAAUUAAUUAUUCACGUACCUAUGGACAUCAAUUAGCCGUAUAGUUGUGUAAGAAACGGUAUAUACAUAUAUAUACAGGGUAUCCCACCAAAAGUGGCCAACCCCUUUUAUUUUUUAAACUAAAAGAGAUAGACCAUGAUAAAUAUAUAUCGAAUUAAAUGGUUCAAACUGAAUUCUAUUGUGGGUAUAGUGAUUCUUCUAAAAGUUAUCUGUGUUAGCGAACGGAGAGGUAUACAUAAUUUUUUUAUAAUGUGAAUUUUUCGAUAGGAAAAAAGUUGUAGUGCUGUUUAAAAUGAAUACAACGAUAUAUGAUAUAAUGUAAAUAUUUUACAUAUUAUACGAGUUUUAUUGAAUUGAAAUAUUGCGAGCGUUGUCUAUCUUUUCAUUUUUAAUUCUGUGGUAUGGCCAACUUUGGAUUGAGUAUUAUGAUCAAAUGACAAUAUGACAUGUGUCAAUUUCUAAUAUACGAGUCUGAAGUUGGCCACAACGCAGGGCAGAAAGUGUAGAAGUUUUAGAAGCAAUCACUAUGCUCACAAUAAAGUCAAUUUGAACCAUUUAAUUUGAUAUAUAUUUGUUAUGGUCUAUCUCUUUUAGUUUAAAAGAUAAAAGGUGACUACUUUUGGUGAGACAACCUUUAUACAAAACAUGUAUACAUGUAUGUAUAUCUAUGCAAACACGUUAAAAAAAAGGAGAGGGAGAAAGGGAGAGGUGAUCUCGCAGACAUAACUUCGAUUGCUCUGAUAAGCAUCUCGUAACCUACGUAACCUCGUGCGCAUAAGUAUGCGAAUAUUUUGCAUAUAUGUAUACAUAUAAUGAUAUUAAAUAUAGUUCUCUCGAUCUCUUAGCUUCAUAUAUAUGAUAUGAAAAUUGCGUCAACGAUGAAAAUUGCAUAACAAUGUUUAAUACUGUUUUCUUGAUUCGGAACUUUAUUUUCUCUAAGUUAAUGCGAGAUGACGAAUAGACAGCUUUAUAUGCGCAAACAAUCGGUUUCUCGUUUCCCUGAAAAAAAAAACUACCCCGUGUAUGUACCACAUUUAGUGUUCAUUGCUCGGCGCAAAACGAUUGUACCGAUAAAUCUCGAGCGAUCUUGAGAAAUGAUGCGACACCGAUAACGAGCGCCGUUAUAAAAAAUCCGCUUUUCCUAAUUAAAAAUCAGCUCAACUAAUAAAGCUAUAGAUUUUUUUACAUCUUUAUCCACAAAUGUCCCGAGAGCAAUAAUAUAGUACGGUCCACGACUACGCGAGUUGGUAGCAAUAAUCAUUUCAUUAACUGUAAGACAUUAACAAGACGCAUUUUCCGGUGGCUUUCACGCUCUUAUCGUCGAUAAAGCACAGAAUUGAUUGUGAUGCUGCAAUUUUUUUAAAUCGAUUUUGUAAAAAAAAAAGUCAAUUUGAAAGGUAUCCGUAAAAAUUUUUAUUUUGCGAGAUAGAAACAUCCGAAUUUCGAAAGGAUUAAAAGUUGUUAAAGAAAUUGUUAAAUUUUUCUCAUAUAUUUUGUAUUCCAUUAUUAAAAUAUAUCCGCGCAUAUAUUUUUUUAAUCAAAAUUAGAAUACUAAAACUUUCUACUUUAUAUACAGGAUUUCUCAUAUAAAAUCUUACAAGAUAUUUUCUCCAAAACCUUAUUUAAAAAAAUAUAGAAUGGUUUUAUAUAAAAAAAAAGGUUGAUCUUCAUAUGAUCUUGAAAAAUGACCUUAAUUAAGGUUCAAGAUUAUCAACUUUUCUCCUAUAAAAUCUUAUAAAUUUUGUCUGAAACAUUUUUUUGUAUUAUAUUAAGUUUCUAAAAAAAAACAUCUUUUAACACUUUAUGUGAAACACCCUGCAUAUUGAUAACCUAAUAAGAAAAUAGAAAUGAAAAUUUUAAAUAAUUUUUUUUUUUUCUUUGAGUAUUUGAAAGAUUUUUAUGAAUUUUUUAAAACUCAUUUAUUCUUACAGACGAAACAAUAUAUUUGGGAGCAAAAUAAACCGCUUUAUUAUAUAAAAAAGUUUUAUUUUGUUUUAAGAAAAAAGAGCGAGGAGAUAUAAAAGAGAAAGAAAAGAGCGAAAAUUAUAUUUUUUGAUUCAAUUUCUUCUUGCCUUAUUAGUGCGCAUGCGCGCCAACUAAUAUUUUAAUUAAUUAUGUCAGCACAUAAAACACAUACACUGUGAUGCGGUAGAAUGAUAUGUACGAUAGAUUGAUAAAUUGAUUAAGACUGAAUAUAUCAAUGAGACGGGGAAGGACUCGUCCAACGAAUUAGAUUAGAAUGUCGAUGAAUUUUAGCGAAUUUUUUUUUCUUUUUUUGUAUAGAUUCUUUUUUUAAAUAGCGUAUCGGUGGUAUAUAUUGCUUUAUAUCAUGUCGAAACGUGUGCAUGAGUUACACUUAGAAUGGAUAGUUGAUUUUGUCUCUUUGGUAUUAUAAUUUGUGGUAACGUGGUAGAGUUGAAAAAGAGAACAAUUUCCAGCUUCAGAUUUAUUACAAAGCGCAAGA